GACUAUAGUAGAGAGUGUGUUACGAUUACGAUCACGGUUAGAGUUUAUGUUGUGCUUGGAUUUCUUUUAUGUAGGCUUUCAUCUCCCAUUGAGAGUUGGGUUUCUAUUUGGAAUUUUUCAACUGCAUUGAUUAAGAUGUUCAGCACCUAAAAAUCAACAGAGAAACUUCUGAACAGCGAUGGACACGGGCGAAGACCUAACAGAGUCGAGCCUGCUGGUGGUGGUGCUGGACGUGGGCCUCAGCAGGGCGACUACCCUUCGCAACGAUCCGGUCCUGGCGGGCCAGGUGCUAGAGGCCGUGAUCGCCUUCAGCAACGCACACAUGAUGAUGAGGUUGAAAAACCUGCUUGCCCUGGUCGCCUGCGACACUGAGACCACCGAGUGGAUUUACCCUGAGAGGAAGGCCGAUAUGUCCGACCUGAGACAGCAGGACGGCCAACACGAACUGUUCAACGAGCUGGAGAGGACCGUGCGCAGAAAAAUAGCCCAGUUGCUGAAACGAAGCGCUGGCUCGAACAGCAAAGGAGAGAGCAUGCUGUCCGGGGCACUGGGACGGGCCCUUUGUUACGUGCACCGCAUGCAGCAGGAAGAGCGCCAGCUGAACGCCAGGGUGCUUGUAGUCACUGCCAAUGGCCAGAGUGUGUCCCAGUACAUGAACUUUAUGAAUGUCUUCUUCACUGCUCAGAAACAGAAUGUUUUGAUUGACGUUUGCUGUUUGGGCCCUGAGUCAAGUCUUCUCCAACAAGGAUGUGAUAUCACUGGGGGACAGUACUUCAGACCACCCCAGCCGCAAGGUCUUCUUCAGUACUUAUUGUGGGUCUUCUUGCCUGAGCCGCUGUUGAGGAACAAACUGGCCCUUCCUCCAAGGGUGAAAGUCGACUACAGGGCGGCAUGCUUCUGCCACAGGGAACUUGUUGAUAUUGGAUUUGUCUGCUCAGUGUGUUUAUCAAUUGUCUGCAAGUUCAGCCCAAUUUGCACAACAUGCCACACUCUUUUUAAGAAUCCUGGUACCCUACCGAUAAAACCAAAGAGAAAAAAAGCAAAAAUGGUGUGACCUGACCAUUGCAGCAAAUAAAAUUUUGAACAAUA